AAUUAUAAUCUUAGUCGUUACUGAGCAGGCAAAAGCACCACAAUGCUUUCUAAUUAUUUUACAACGUUCGUUUUAUUUUUUUGUGUAGCGGAGUGUGUUGUAGAUGACUAUCGGUUUGUGUCUGAAAUUGAUGGUUAUCUCAAGCUGCAUCGCGUCCCGGAAAAGUGGCAAGAUGCCCGAUUAAGGUGUUAUUUAGAAGGUGGUGUACUGGCUUCACCAACAGAUAUAGAUAUAAUAACUGCCAUGAAAGAAAUCAUAACAAAGGAAAAUCAACAAGAAGGCCCAGAGAGAUUUUAUACUGGAAUCCAUGCGACGUAUUCUAAUGGGUACUAUACGACUAUUACAGGGGUUCCUCUCUCACAGAUUGAUGUGUUAUGGGAACACGGUCAACCAAAUAACUUGUAUGAGCAUUAUUAUGACCGCCCAAAGAACUGUCUUACCAUGAACCAAUCUGGGGCAUUAGCUGCAGCAGGUUGCGAGGCCGAUUUCCCAUUCUUCUGUUUUAAGUCAACGAAGAAAAUUAACGCCCAUAAAUGUGGCCCUGAGUAUAUUGAAAGUGGUAAGUUGCUUUUAAUAGUUAAGUUUUUAAAUAUUUAGUAUCUAAAAUAGGAUGCUGUAAGACGCGUGUGUCUUACCAUGAACCAAUCUGGGGCAUUAGCUGCAGCAGGUUGCGAGGCCGAUUUCCCAUUCUUCUGUUUUAAGUCAACGAAGAAAAUUAACGCCCAUAAAUGUGGCCCUGAGUAUAUUGAAAGUGACUACCAGAUGAAUAACAGAACUAACAGUUGUUACAAGUUCCAUAAAGAAGGCCGGUCAUGGCCAAACGCUUUUAAGACCUGUAUGGCUGAAGACGCAUAUCUGGCUAUCAUUAACAGCGAAGCUGAGUCCGAAGUUCUAAGUGAAUUAUUUAACAAAUAUUCCCAUGACGAUAUUCCCGGUGACUUCCAUAAAGAUGCUGCCAGCAUUGGCUUCACUAAGUGGGCGGAAUAUGGAGAUUGGUUUACUAUUCAUAGCGAAUCGUUGGCUGACGCUGGAUUUUCUACCUUUAAUUCUGGUGAACCUAACAAUGUAGAUCCACCGGAAUUAUGCGGAUCGGUUUGGAGAACUGGCCUGCUUAACGACCAUAACUGCAAUCGAAUCCUUGCUUUUAUCUGUGAAAAAACACCUUCACAAAGCAAUUAUAAAGACCUUGAAUUUCGGUAAUAUUCUCGGAUGAGAAAAUUUAACAGUUAAGUUAAAAUUAAUAGGUUAACUCAAGUUUCUAAUUUAUAAUAAAAUUGACCUUUUUCAUUAAUUAGUUGGGCCUAAGUUCCGGCUGAGAACUUAAAAAAUUACGAAUCUGAGUCGGUGCUAAUGUAAUCUGUAUACUUGUAUCGGAAAUAAAUUAAAUUUGCGCUGUAGUUCCGUUUGUGCAUAUUUCCUUUUUACAAAAGCAAAUUUAUAUUUCUUAUGAAAUGAUUUACUACUAAAACUUCCCAAAGAACGAUACGCUUAUUAAAGGCAGUUACUUAAUUAACUUGGACUUUAGACGCUAGCAUUCCUUUCCUUUAUAGCCUUAUUUGUGCUCGUAAUAUCUCGAUAAAUACUUACGUACUAUGAAUGAAUUAUAAAAAAAUGCAAAAUAAAUUUAUACUGAUAUAAGAAAAAAUAAAGGAAAGGUUUGGAGGAUCAUAACUUA